AUGGGUGCUGUGCGGGUUGUAGCUUCACAACAAAAACUAAGUCCAAAUAAUGCAUUAGCUGAGUUUUUCAAACCAGAAAAUAAAGAAAAUGCCUUACAACUAAUGUUUCAAUUAUUAUUCAAAUACAUACAAGAUUGUUGUGAUGAAUAUUGUGGUACAUGUUAUGAUGUUUAUGUUGUACCAAGAGUUACGAUAGACGAAGCAUUAGAUUUACAAAAUGGUAAUCAUUACGUUUUUAGUCAUUUCAAUCAAAUGUUUGAACAGAGCCGUGCGGAGAAAGCUAGUGGUCCUAAGCAUUUGGGUUGUUUAUCAAUAUGUUUAGUCAAACAUUAUAUGCCACUAUUAUUUCCAGUAAUCUUAGAGCAGUAUACACCAGUUAGCAUGGGAGGAAGUACAACUAGUAGAGAUGGAAAUUUUAGUGAAGCUGAAAAGAAUAUUGUUCGUCAUUUGUUACAAUCGAUCGUGCAGAAAGCAAUAGAUUUUUUAAAUACGAAUGAACAAAAGAAAUUGUUUGAAAUGCCAUUUGUUUGUAAAGAAGAUGAUAGUUGUGAUGAAAAAUGGGAUUUAUCUAGUUUUACAACAGAUGAACAGACUCUUGCUAUUGAAAAUAUGAAUAAAUUCUGGACGGAACACAGAGUGCAACAACAGAAAACUGAAUAA